GUCCCACGUGGCUGCUAGCGAAAACCCGCCGAGGAGACUGUUACCAGAGAGUUUCGCUGCUAUUCUGGCACUGAAAGCGCUUCGGCGGCUUCCUUCUUCGUCUUUCAGCGCUCUCCCGUCUGAGGACCUCGUUUUCGUCCGCUGUCACGUAGUGGCUGUUCGACUUAGCCGUGCUGGAACGACGUGCCCAUAAUGUCCCUCGUUCCCUUCACUCGUUGGCACAUCCUCGUCGCGGGAAAAGCAGACAAAACUCGGCUCUCUGACUUCCAAGCAUCGAGUGAAACGCCUGUUCCUGCGUCGUCAUUGCGUCUCACCCCUGUUCCAGGACAGUUCCCUUGCCUUCACCAAAACGCACGAGCCGGACUGACAGGCAGUCGUACGUCUUCGUCAAGUGUAUAGACAGCUGACUUGGGUGGACCUUCCAAGCUUCGAUUCGCUCGUGUUUGAGACUUUCAUCUAAAAUUCGGCAAGCAUUUCGUUUUUCGUUUGCGUCCCGCUUGGCGAGUGUGCUCCCCUGGUUUCUUCGCAGGUUUCGUCACAAGUCGAGUCUCGCCCGCCUUGGAAUGUCCCUGUAAAAUUACCAUGCAAUUUCGUCUGUUGUCGUAGUUGGGCGUGAGCCCUUUGCGUUCCGUGGUUCUCCGGACGAGGCUUCCUGUCCGUCCGGUCCCGUCGUCUCAGCAGUUCCUUGCGUCAAACCAACGACGUCUCUUCUUUUUUCCCGCCCCGAAAUUUCUCGCGUAGCGUUGCCGGAGACGGUCCCCAUUCGGUUUUUCGUAUUUCCCCCGCAGGUUCGUCUUCACAACCGGGUUCUCGUCAAUCACUCUCCCGGUCUUGCCACCCGCCUCAAAGGUCCUCUGUGCCUUGCGACCUCUUCCCCGCGCGAACCGCGCCUUUUUGAAUAGCGCAUCCUCGCCUCUUCUUGAGAGGAUAUUCGACGAGUUGAAUAACUGGUUUAGCGCUUGAAGGUCUACGAAAUACACGGAUCCGAGUCUUGGUGACCCGGCACCCGUUCAGUCACGGUAUCCCUCUACACACACCCAUCCAGUCACGGUAUCCCUCUACACACACCCGUCCACAUCUAGGAUAUGGACGCAAGCACCUGAGCAUAUGCAGGUCCCUUCCACGGACUUGUCCCCAGGGUUUCCAUCUCCCGUUUCUCCGGUAUUGAGUAUUCCUCCCCCCUCUCCCGCUGUCCUUCCUCGCCGGCGCGGCAAGCAUUUUUCGUUUUGUCAAGGUUUUGUUGCAGCUUGCUUCAAGCGGAAUCAAAAGCGCAUCCUGAUUCCCAGUCUCUGCCUCAUUUGUUGAUUUCCAGUCUUUCGUCAAGAUGGAGCGACAGAAGAUCGCACUGAGCAAUUUCCUGUUGGAGAUUUGUCCGGCGCUGCUGAACUGCAGCCGGCAGUCGCUUCAGUCGCUGCUUGCGAAGGAGGGCGACCGCACGCUGCAGACUUUUCUCAUAGAGCAGCAGCAAGUUCUGGUCGUCGGUCGGGAGCCGGUGGCGAAGAAGAAAAACGGCACGACGUCGGGAGCUCCCGGCACAGACGCGGCGAAUACUGAGCGCCCUGAAGAGCUGCCUGCGGACGAGAACGAUGAAGAGGAACAGUUUCGUUUGUUCGUCGAGUUGGGCUUCGCUGCGCAUGCACUGACUCGCGCCUACUCGGUAGCCUUCCUGAAGCGACCCGGCUUCUCUCUCGAGGAGCAGACGUCGCCUGAAGUUGCGGAAGAUGGCGAGGCGGCCUCCUCUCCGGCGGACGCGCCCGCGCGACGAAAGACGAUCGGCCAGCAACUCGCUGUGUUGUGUUGCGGAUUCGGAGACGACACAGAAUCGUCCCUCGACGUCACCCAGCUGUACAUGCAGCGAGGCCUUGCGCCGAUGCUGAACGUGGCUCUGACGCAGAAGGAGACGGAGGGGCCAGGACCUGGAGGCGCGCAGGCCGGGAACGGGUCUGCGAGUGGACCGGCUGAAGAAGGUGCUGCGGAGGCUGCUCAGAACAAAGCCGCGACCUCCAGUCUUCACCAAACUGUGAACAAAAAGAUGGCGGAGCUCCUGCUCGCUGUCCAGCAGGCGCAGCAGAACGUCGACAUUCCCCUCAUUCAGCUCCCAGUAGACCCCGUCAUCGAGGAAACCGUGAAGGCCGCCCAGGCUGCCGGCCGAAAAGCGACGGUUGAGGACUUGGGCGAUUACCUCCACAACACGGGGUACCUCAUCGCGCUUCAAAACCACGUCAACCGAUGGAUCAAGGACAUCCAGAAAGUCUGCAGAAUGCAAAGAGAUGCGAGCACGGGGAGUGCGGCAGAGGAAGUGAAUUUUUGGGAGGGCAUGGAGAGGGCAAUUUUGCGGGUGGAGGAGCAGCUGAAGACGCCGGAAGCGGAAUUGACUUUGCAGGUGUUGAAGCAGACCCGGAAGGUAUUUGCGACGAUGACGUUUGAGCAAGACGCAGGGCUGAAGCAGGCGUCAGACAUGGUGGCGAGCGUCAACAUUUUGAUUCGCGACUUCCCCGUCAACGACCUUUUGGGCGCGACGUCUGUCGAGCAGCUGACUCAGGCUGUUCGCACUGUCUUUAUGCAUCUGCGCAAACUGAAAAACGCCGCGCAGUACCCACUCUCGAGGGCCUACCACCUUGUCGAGGCUCUGUCGAGAGAUCUCAGCCAACGGCUCGUAGCAGUCCUCUCUCAGCAGCACCUCCUUCUCCUCGGCUUCGAGGAAUUCGAGCACGCCACCGGCGGCUGCUCAGAGCUGUUUCGUACGUGGGAAGAGGAAGUGCGACAGUUCAAGGAGAUGGUCAGAGAUCAGGCGAAGAAGCGGGGGUUGUCGGAACGGCCACCAGCGAAGUUGGUGUGCGAGCACUUGGUGAUUCAAGAGAGAAUCGGCGAGCUGCGCCAGUUCCGGCGUCAACACCAUCGCCUGAAGGAGGUGAUUUCUCGGGUGCUUUCGGAGAACGCCGGCGGCGACUUGACGGCCCAGAAGGAGGUUGCCAGCGCCUACGAACUCCUCCAGUCCGUUGACGUCCUCGAUUUGUCGAGAGCCGGCCAGGAAGCAUGGGAGGCCGCCCGCAAAGCCUACGACGAUCGAAUCGACCGAGUCGAGUCGCAAAUCACCGCGCGCUUGCGAGAUAGGUUGGGGGCGUCGACGACGUCGGGGGAAAUGUUUCGCGUUUUCUCGCAGUUCAACGCGCUGUUUUUUCGACCGCGGGUCCGCGGCGCGAUUCAGGAGUACCAAACGACGCUUCUUCAGCAAGUCAAGAUGGACUUAAGGAAACUGCAGGAGUCGUUCCUGGACGGCCACCAGCGAGUUGAGACGCUGACCAUGGCUGAGGCGAGAGACAUGGCGCCGGUGGCGGGGUCGAUUGUCUGGGCGAAGCAAUUGGAACGGAGACUCGAGGGAUUGAUCAAACGCAUCGAAGAUGUUCUCGGCCACGGCUGGGAGCAGCACGUUGAGGGACAGAAACUCCGCCAAGACAUCGACGCGUUCCGACAGCGACUCAACCAGAACCAGCUCUUCGAGAACUGGCUUCAAGUCGUCAAAGACGAAAAACGACUCGACACGGGCGACCGCAUCUUCCUCAUUCGCGUCUUGGGCGGCCGAGGCUUCGAACUCGACGUCAACUUCGACCUGGAUCUGCUCACUCUGUUUAAGGAGGUGCGGCUCUUGAACACAUUGCAGUACCGCAUUCCGUACUCGGUGAAAGUGAUGGCUGACGAGGCAAAGGUGCUCUAUCCAUUUGUCACCACUCUUCGCGUUGUUCUGAGAACUUACACGGAAGCCUGCCGGCUGAUUGAAGGCUCUCCGUCACCUCCAGGAACUGGGGGUAUGCGGACAAAGUCUGGCGAGUCGGUCGCUGCUCUCCUCGUCGCGUCCUACCAACGAGAAGCGCAGCAGAGACUCGCAGAGGGUCUCAGCCUUCGCUGGGACUCCGACAGACUGGAGUCGUACGUGCGCAAAGUUGCAGAGGUCAUGUACAGCUUCGAAGGAAAAGUGGAAACAGGACUCAAACGUCAUCAAGACGCUCUCCAAGAUAUCGACGCCAUCAAAGUCCUUCCUCUUGAUGCCUCCAAAGAGUCUCUUCUCGAGAUGCUGGCCAAGGUGCAGAAGCAUAUCGAAGAGCAACAGCUGCAACACUUCUCAAAUAUUCCGAGGUGGACUCGCUUGCUCGACAGUCAUGUGGAGACCAUUCUCCGCAGCCGAGUCGUCGAUAUUGUCAACGAAUGGGUGAAACAGUUCGAGGGCUGGCCACACGCUGGCACUUCUCUCGUCAAGAAAGCUGCAGUUCUUGAAAUCCAGCUACGGAACCAUGUGCUCCAACUGUUUCCGCCAGUGGAGGCGGCCCACCAGUACUGGAUGGGGGAGCUGCACAACACGAUUGCCUCUGUGUGUCUCGUACCUCGUUUGUCCUCUCGAAUCGGCGCGAGUGCGGUUGAAGACGACUUCGCAGAUUCAUGCAGCUCUGACGACGAAGACGCAGAAGAGAAGCUGAAGAAAUCGAAGCUCUGCAAAAACCGCACCUAUCGACACUUGUCCCAGCUCGUCGACCCCGCUGUCUUUUUCCACGCGUACGACGUCAUCAACAAGCACAUUCAACGUGUGAAGGAGUACGUCCAAACAUGGCUGCAGUAUCAGGUGUUGUGGGAUGUGGACGUAAACGAGGUGAUAAGCCGCGUGAGCGACGACAUUGAAACCUGGCAGCAUCUCUUGAACGAGAUCAAGGCUGCACGCAGCACAUUCGACACACACGAAAACCGAGAAGAAUUCGGCGCAACCAUCGUCGACCACCAACAAGCCCAGUCAAAGCUGAACACAAAGUACGACGGCUGGCACCGGGAGAUUUUGCAUGCGUUCGGCCAGAAGGUGGCAGAUCGGACCGAGGCAUUCUACAAGCGUUUGCAUGCGUUAUUGACAGACCUCGAGGAGCAGGGUCGAGCAGACGAUCCCACGGAGACAUCGAUAUCAGCGAUGACUUUUCUGUCGAUGUCUCAGUUUCAGAUGGACGCGUUCGUGAACGGCGUCGGACCGCAGGCAGACGCGCUGCUGUCUUCUCUCGUUUCGAACCUCACUCGUUUUCUCCUCAAACUUCAGGAGGCGUCGAAGGCAGACGUUGAGUGGGAGGUGACUUUCGAGAGUUUGCGCGCGAGCGAGAGACUGCUGGAGCGCCAGCGCUUCGCGUUUCCGAGCGACUGGCUAUGGAUCGACCGAGUCGAGGGCGAACUGGAGACGUUUCAGCAACUGCUGAGACACCAGGCACUCCUCGUGGAGCAGAGUCGCGAGCCAAUCGUCGACAUGGUCAAGCGGUACAACGCCCGCGUCCAGUUUCGCCUCAAGCACCUCUACUCCGAGUGGAUGAUCCACCGCCCCGUGAAGAGCGAUGUGUCUCCUCAACACGCGACGCAGGUCUUGGAGGGGUACGAGAGUCAACUGAACCAACUUGCGGAGCAGUACGCGUUCGGCGAGAAGGCGAAGAACGUUCUCGGUCUGGACGAUCUGCCGGCCGGCGACGAGGAACAGUUCUCUCCCGACAGUCUAGCUGAGGAGAUCAAAGACAUGAAAGGGGUGUGGAACGCGCUCAGCUCGCUCUUCACUGACGUCGGGGCGUUGCGAGAGACGCCCUGGGCGACCGUGGCGCCGAAGGCUGUGCGCCAGCGGCUCGAGGAGUUGCUGGAGAAGAUCAAGAAGGUUCCGCCGCGCUUCCGACAGUACGACGCGUUCGAGGAGAUGCGCGCGCAGCUCACGUCCUACUUGAAGCUGAAUCUGUUGAUCACGGACCUGAGAACAGACGCCCUCAAAGACCGACACUGGAAGCUCAUCUUGACCACGCUGAAAAUCAAAAAGACGCUGCAGGAAGUCACGCUGGGAACGCUCUGGCAUGCCGACCUGGUCGCGAACGAAUCGGCCGUCAGAGAGAUUCUCGUCCAGGCACAGGGCGAAACGGCUCUCGAGGAAUUCCUCCGACAAGUCAAGGAAUCGUGGCAGGACAGAGAGUUGACUUUCGUUGCCUACGGCACCAAGACGAAGCUCGUGAAGGGAUGGGAUGAUCUGUUUCAGUUGAUCGACGACCAGGUAGCGGCUCUGCAGUCGAUGAAGCUCUCUCCGUACUUCAAGAUUUUCGAGGAAGAGGCGCUGACCUGGGAGGAGAAACUGAAUCGCCUUCGAGGUCUGCUCGACAGCUGGAUCGAAGUACAGCGCAAGUGGGUCUACCUCGAGGGCGUCUUCACUGGCUCUCAAGACAUCCCCAUGCUGCUCCCACAAGAGCAUCAACGCUUCAGGGGCAUCGACCAAGACUUCAAAAACAUCAUGAAGAAGGCUGCCAGCGUCAAGAAUGUCAUGGAGGUGGCAGGAAUGGAUGACCUGGGGAGACAGCUGGAUCGUCUCUCGGAUCUUCUGUCGCGUAUCCAGAAGGCACUGGGAGAGUAUCUCGAGAAGCAAAGAGAGCAAUUCGCUCGUUUCUACUUCGUUGGAGACGAGGAUCUCCUCGAAAUGAUUGGGAACGCCAGAGACGUGAAGGUCGUGCAGAGACAUGUCAAUAAACUUUUUGCAGGAAUCGCCGUCCUCGAUACCGACCCCGAAAACGGCACCAUCAUCGUCGGCAUGAGUUCCAAGGAAGGGGAGAGCGUUCCGUUUUCGACGACGAUUCCGAUUCUUCAGUACGCUUCUUUGAAGGACUGGCUUGCCGCAGUGGAGCAGCAGAUGGUGGUGACUUUGGCAGAGAAUCUGGCCUCUGCUAUCGCGAAGCUCGAGCAAGUGAACAUGCCCAAGCUGUUGGCCGCGAAAGAGGAGACGAACGCGGAGGUCUCCACGCACCCGUUCCUCCACUGGGUGGCUUCGUAUCCCCUUCAGGCGCUUCUCCUCGCCCUCCAAGUCUCCUGGACUCGCUCAGUGGAGACUGCUCUCGCACAAGAAGCAACGGGAGAGGCUGAGAGCCACCCUCUCGCCACGGGAGUGUUGGACUACACAUGCAAGUUGCUGGAAUUCCUCGCAGACAGAGUCGUCACGGAUGUCGGAGUCACCGUCCGCCAGCGAAUGGUGCAGAUCAUCACUGAGCUGGUGCACCAGCGCGACGUCUGCAGAACUCUCAUCGACCAAGGUGUUGUGACGAAAGACGACUUUCGAUGGCUUCAGUACAUGCGUUUCUACUUUUCUCCACCGGCCGCGAAUGCUCUCCCGCAAGACUCCCUUCGAAUCGCCAUGGCGGACGCCACUCUCUCCUACGGCUUCGAAUAUCUCGGAAUGGCGGAACGCCUGAUUCAGACCCCCUUGACAGACAAAUGUUUCUUGACGCUGACCCAGGCGCUCAACAUGAAACUCGGAGGCAAUCCCUUCGGACCUGCAGGAACGGGCAAAACGGAGUCCGUGAAGGCUCUGGGAACUGCACUUGGGCGCUACACGCUCGUGUUUAAUUGCGACGAAACGUUUGACUUCAACGCGAUGGGUCGUCUCUUUGCUGGUUUGUGCCAAGUCGGCGCCUGGGGGUGCUUCGACGAAUUCAACCGCCUCGACGAAAAAAUCCUUUCUGCUGUCUCCGAGCAAAUUCUCACCAUUCAGACGGGUUUGCGCGAGGGUUUGUCUUCGAUUGAGUUGCUGGACAAGAACGUGAAGUUGUCUACGAACGUGGGGAUUUUCGUGACGAUGAAUCCUGGCUACGCGGGGCGCUCGAAUUUGCCGGACAACUUGAAGCAGUUGUUUCGCGAGAUCGCGAUGAUCGUGCCCGACAAGCCGUUGAUCGCACAGGUGACAUUGUUCGCGCAAGGAUUUCGCUCGGCGGAGCGCCUGGCGAGCAAAAUUAUUUCGCUUUUCGACCUCUGCGACCGCCAGCUGUCGAAGCAGCCACACUACGACUUUGGCCUGCGUUCGCUCAAGUCGGCGCUGAACUCGGCAGGGAGCUUGAAGAGGCAGUGGCUGCAGGACGCCUCCGCCGCAGGCGCUGCCGAGAGCGAAGAGAGCGUCGUGCAAGUCGAGGAGACGCUGCUUCUCCGGUCGGUCUGCGACACCGUCGUCCCCAAGCUGGUCGCGCAAGAUGUCCCCCUGCUCAAGAGUCUCCUCGCAGGCGUCUUCCCCGGCGCGGACGUCACCAUGCUCGAGGAGAAGCUGCUCUGCGAGGAGAUCGAGCGACUCGCCCAGGGCCGUCACAUGCAGUGCCGAGGCGAGUGGAAGGAGAAGGUCCUGCAGCUCUACCAAAUCCAGAAACUCCAGCACGGAGUCAUGCUCGUCGGCCCUGUGGGCACAGGGAAGUCGGCGGCCUGGAAGGUGCUACUCGACGCUAUGGAGCGACUCGAUGGCGUGAAGGGUCAUGCCCACAUCUUAGAUCCGAAGGCGGUUCCGAAGGAACAACUCUACGGUCGCCUCGACUCUACCACUCUCGAGUGGCAGGACGGCGUCUUCACAGCCAUUCUGCGAAAAAUCCUGCAGGCAACAGCUCAACAGCAGGCAGGUUCGGCGACGCCUUUGAAGCGACACUGGAUUGUGUUUGAUGGCGACGUCGACCCCGAGUGGGCCGAGAAUCUGAACUCAGUGUUGGACGACAACAAGCUGUUGACUUUGCCGAACGGCGAGCGGCUGCAGAUUCCGAGCAACGUGCGUUUGCUCUUCGAGGUGGACACCCUGAAGCAUGCCACACUCGCCACAGUUAGUCGCUGUGGGAUGGUGUGGUUUUCCGACUCUGUGGUGGAAGUAUCGACGCUGUUCCAGCAUCACUUGUCCGAGAUUCAGCUGGGGAACUUGGACGGCUCGCAGGCGAUGCAGAAGCUCGGGCGUCUGCCCUCUCAGAAGGAAGAGAGUCGCGACGCGCAGGCCGAGCGAGAAGUCACUCGAAGCGGGUCCUCUGUGUCGGCACACGGCGCUCAAAUGGUUUCGCCAGGCUUCGCUCGACGCAGCGUCGAAGCUGAGAAGGCGCGACUCUGCGAAGUCGCUGCAGAGGCCUGGCGGCCGUAUUUUGAAAAGGACGGAUUCGUCUGUCAGGCUCUGGCGCGGGCGAUGAGCUACGACCAUAUCAUGGUCCCGACCCACGUCCGGCUAGUCGAGAGCACAAUCUCUCUGCUGAAGAAAGGCAUCGCCAAACUCGCGGAAUAUCAGUCCGAGAAGGCGAGUGAAGGCGAGGAACCCCAGGAACAAGUCGCGAGGGAAUUCUUCGUCAAGUGGCUGCUUUUGGCGAUGCUCUGGGGCUUUGGAGGUUCGUUGUCCCUGUCAAAUCGCCUGAACUUCACCAAGGAAGUGCAGCGCCUUUCUCCAAUCCGUCUGCCGAGUGCUCUCGACGCGAAUGAAGAUGGCCGAGACGUCACUCUCCUCGACUUCGAACCGAGCGUGGAAGACGGCGAGUGGCACACGUGGAAAGAGAAAGUGAAACAAGUCGAAAUCGAACCUCACCAAGUGGCAGACGCAAAUUUGGUGAUCCAGACUGUCGAUACACUGCGACACAAACACGUCGUCGAGGGAUGGCUGGAUGAGCGGCGGCCUUUCAUUCUCUGCGGUCCGCCUGGCUCUGGGAAGACGAUGACGUUGACUUCUGUGCUGAAGGAGAGAACAGAUUUCGACAUUGCAUUCCUCAACUUUUCUUCUGGAACAACGCCACAAGUGCUCCUGAAGACUUUCGACCAGUACUGCGAGUUCACGAAGUCGCCCAAGGGCAUGGUGGUCAUGAGGCCGACGCAGCCUGGAAAGAAGCUGAUCGUGUUUUGCGACGAGUGCAACUUGCCGCUUCCAGACAAAUAUGGCACUCAGUCCGUCAUCACGUUCAUGAGAGAGAUCGUCGAAACCGGCGGUUUCUGGCGCCUCAUGCCUCAGAUGGCCCAGGGUGGAGGACCUUGGGUGUGGGUCCGCGUCGAGCGCGUUCAGUUUGCCGGGGCGUGCAACCCCCCCACUGACGCCGGGAGACAUCCGAUGAGUGACAGAUUUCUCAGAUUCGCUCCGCUACUCUUUGUCGAUUUCCCAGGGACGGAGUCUCUCAGACAGAUCUACGGAACAUUUAACCGGGCGAUGCUGCGUCCGUUCCCGCAACUGCGAGCGCAUGCAGAAGCGCUGACGGACUCGAUGGUGGAUUUUUACGACGAGUUUUCUCGCUCCUUCACCGUAGACAUGCAACCUCACUACAUUUAUUCGCCUCGCGAGCUGACGCGUUGGAAACUCGCGAUGUCGGAGGCGCUGGACGGCGGAGAUCGAGGACUGCAGAAGUCGGCGAGCAGGGCCGCGUGGAAGCCGGAGAUGGACGGGGCAGACGGCGUCGCGAGUUUCUUUUCGGGGGAUCCAGACGGCGCCCGGCGCGACGCCUUAGGUCGCUUCGAACCUGAAGAACUCGACCUCAAAACGAUGGUUCGCGUCUUCGUUCACGAGGGGCUGCGAAUCUUCUCCGAUCGCCUUGUCCACGAAGCCGAGAGACAAAAGACCGACCAAAUGAUCGACCAAAUCACUCUCAAGCACUUCCAGGGCGUGGAUGCGUCGGCGCUUCAGCGACCGAUCCUGUUGACGUCUUUGGUGACGCGACGCUACGAGGAGGUCUCUAGGGACGAGCUGAGGGCGCUGCUGCAGGGGAAGUUGCGGGUGUUCAACGAGGAGGUUUUCAACGUCCAACUUGUGUUCUUCAACGAAGUUUUGGAGCAUGUGACUCGGAUCGACCGCGUGCUCCGGCAGCCGCUCGGCCACCUGCUGCUCGUCGGCGCCUCAGGCGCGGGCAAGACGAUUCUGACCAAGUUCGUCGCGUGGAUGAAUGGUCUGUCGGUCUUCCAGAUCAAGGCUGGGCGGAACUACAACACGGCGGCGUUCGAACAGGACCUGCGCGUGGUGAUGAAGCGCGCCGCGAUCAAGGAGGAGAAGAUCGCGUUCAUUCUCGACGAGAGCAACGCGCUCGGCCCCGCCUUCCUCGAGCGCAUGAACGCUCUCCUUGCCUCCGGAGAAGUUCCAGGUCUUUUCGAGGGAGACGAGUUCACGGCGCUGAUCAACGAGUGCAAGGCAGCGUACGGCUCGGGGGAGUACCUGGCGAGCAACGAGUCUGGGGAGAUAUUUGCGCGCUUCACACGGCUCGUACAGCGAAACUUGCACAUCAUCUUCACCAUGAAUCCGGCGAAUCCAGAGUUCUACAAUCGACAAGCCACCUCGCCGGCGCUCUUCAACAGAUGCGUCAUCGACUGGUUCGGAGACUGGAACGAGUGCGCCAUGCUCGAAGUCGCCAAGGCCUUCACAGCUCCCAUUCUCCUCCCUCCAGAGGGCUUCGACGCCGACGCCGCCGUCGGACUCGGACCGGAUCUCGGAAAACCGAAACUUGCGGCCCAAGUCGAGGGAGAAGACCAAGCAGGUCCCGUGGAUCCGGAUGAGGAGGCGCGUCGGAUGCGUUUGGCGUCGUCGAUUGUCGCGUUCCACGCGGCGGUGGCUUUGAGCAACAAGAAGUUGCAACGCGCGGGGAAGAAGAGCAACUGGAUGACGCCUCGAGAUUUUCUGGACUUUCUCCACCACUUCGUCAACCUGGUCGGCGAGAAGGCGGACGCGACCGGCGAGCAGCAGCGCCACCUGCAGGCGGGGCUUCAGACGCUCCGCGUGGCUGAGGAACAAGUGGCUGAAAUGCGGAGUGCGUUGACGGAGAAGGAGAGCGUGUUGACGGAGAAGAACGAGGAGGCUGAGAAGAAGAUGGGUCAGAUGGUGGAGCAGCAGGCGGAGGCCGAGGAGAAGAAGCGCGGGGCCGAGCAGCUCACUCGGAAGUUGGACGAGCAGACGGGGGUGAUUGAGGAGCGACGACAAGCGGUCCAGAAGCAGCUGGCCGAGGUCGAGCCUCUGCUUAGGGAAGCCGCAGAAGCCGUCACGAACAUCCCGAAGAAGAGUCUAGAUGAGCUGAAGUCGAUGGCGAAUCCGCCUGCGAUGGCCAAGAUCGCUGUCGAAGCCGUUGCCGUCUUGAUCACGGACGCGGGGGAGAAGCCACUGACCUGGGAAGACGCGCGUAAGGUCCUGAAGAACCAAGACUUCAUCACCAAGGUCGUGAACUUUGACUGCUCGUGCGUGUCGGUGGCGACGCGGCGGUGCGUCCAGACGCGCUUCAUCGGCGGCGGGGACUGGGAUUUGGAGAAGAUCAAUCGCGCCAGCAAGGCAGCGGGGCCUCUGGCGAAGUGGGUGGAAAGCAGCGUGGCGUUUGUGGCGAUUUCCGAGCAAGUCGAUCCCCUCCAGAAGGAAAUCGAUGUGUUGGAAGUCGAGGCACUGAAGAACAAGGAGGAGCUGCUGCAGCAGCAGGAGUUGAUUGGCCAGCUCGAGAGGAAGCUUCAGCAGUACAAGAAGGACUACGCACAGCUGAUCAGCGAAGUCCAGUUGAUCCAGCGCGAAAUGGAAGACGUCCAGAAGAAAUGUCAGCGGUCGAUGCGGCUGCUGCAGAAUCUCGGUUCCGAGAAGGGUCGGUGGCUCGAGCAGUCCGACGCGCUGCGACGCGCCGGCGUCACCUUUAUCGGGGAUUCGCUACUCGCCGCCGCCUUCUGCGCCUACCUCGGCUUCUUCGAGUACGCACACCGCCAGCGGCUGCUCGACGAGUGGCAGGAUAUCUUGAAGAUAGAGUGCAUCCGCUUCUGUCCAGAUUUGUCUUACGUGGACUUCCUCUCGCUGCCUUCGGAGCGCCUACACUGGGUGGCCUCGGGACUCCCGCCUGAUGACUUGUCGAUUCAGAACGCGAUCAUUCUCAAGCGGUUCUUGCGCUACCCCCUGGUAAUCGACCCCGCGGGCCAGGCGACGAACUUUCUGACUCAGUUGAUGGCCGCGAAGAAAUUGACUAAAACAUCCUUCACGGACCAAAACUUCUUGAAGGCGCUCGAAGCGGCGCUACGCUUCGGCACCACGCUUCUCGUUCAAGACGUGGAGAAAGUCGAUCCGAUUCUGAACUCGGUCUUGAAUCGCGAGACCCACAAACUGGGGGGCAGGGAGCUCAUCACCGUCGGAGACGCAGAAAUCGACCUAUCUCCCGCAUUCAUGCUCUUCCUCGCCACCCGCGACCCCACGGCGCAGUUCACACCCGACCUCUGCAGCCGCGUAACUAUCGUCAACUUCACUCUGACGCCUUCGUCGCUUGUCAACCAGUGCCUGAACUUGAUCCUCAAGAGCGAACGGCCCGAUGUGGACAAGCGCCGCACAGACAUGCUGAAACUCCAGGGAGAAUUCAAGGUGAAGAUCCGCGAGCUCGAAGACGGCCUCCUCCAGGCGCUUUCGAAUGUGAAGGGAAACAUCCUCGACGACGACGCCGUCCUCGCGACCAUGGAAAACCUCAAGCAACAAGCUGCAGAAGUCGAGCGAGAAGCAGCGCGGACAGAAGAUGUCAUGGCUGAAGUCGAAAAAACCAGCAACAUGUACCUCGUUUGGGCUCUCGCCGCGGGACGCAUCUACUUCAUGCUCCUCAACCUCUCAUGCAUCUCCUUUUUCUACCAAUACGACCUACGAUUCUUCCUCAACAUUCUGGGUGACACCCUGCGCCACCCAGAUUUGGAGAAGGUGGGCUCGAGCGACUACGCGGCGAGACUGGAUUUCUUGAUGGAGCGGCUUUUUAGCACGGCGUAUCAGCGCCUGGCUCCAGGUCUGCGGUAUCGUGACCGUUUGGUGGUGGGCCUCGAGAUGGCUCACAUUCGUGCAGAAAUUGAGUUGAAGUCGUCGAUUUGGAGCGCGGAGAUGCAGCUGCUCCUGGCAGGCACGAUUCUGAAGGGUGGGAAGGAAGCUGGGGACGAGGACGACGUUUCCGGAGAGAAGAGCCGAGGCGACGAAGACCGGCGCGAGUGGAAGGAAGACGUGGACGGGGCAAUCAACGCGGAGCAGAUGAAGGCGCUUCAAAAGCUGUCUCUGUUGCCGUUUUUCGUUGACCUUGAGACGCAAAUGCGGGAGAACCGCGAGGACUUCAGGGCGAUGGUUAUGAGCCAGGAACCGGAGAAACUCAUCCCAGCCGUCGUCUUUGCUGCGGAGAAGCCGCAGACAGACGAAGACGUCUUCGGCGUCGGCGGCAAGAUGACAAAGGCCAAGUGGCUUCGGCACCUCCGGGAGAUUCUCUUGCUGCGCGCGCUGCGUCCCGACCGCGUGACCCUCCUCCUCGCGGCGCUUGUCGAAGCUGUGCUCGGCGAGCAUUUCUUGACAGUCCCCGAACUGACUCAGACGGCCUUCUACGACUUAAUUCAGCACCAGGCAGGUGCCGCGGUCCCCGUCGCCCUCGUCUCUUCCCCGGGAUUCGAUCCGAGCUCGAAGGUGACGGCGCUCGCGGCUGCGUACAAGCAACACCUCACGUCGAUUGCCAUGGGGAGCAAGGAGGGCUUCUUGCUGGCCGAGAAGGCGAUAGGUCAGGCGUCGCGUCAGGGCAACUGGGUCCUCUUUAAAAACGUCCACUUGUCCACCAAGUGGCUCCAAGGCCUCGAGAAGCAGCUCUACCGCAUGCAGGGCGUCCACCCGAACUUCCGGAUCUUCUUGACGAUGGAGGCGACUCCGGCGCUGCCUCUGAACCUCAUGCGAGUCUCUUACACGUUCGUCUUCGAGCCUCCGUCUGGAGUCAAGGCUUCGCUGCUGCGGUCCUACGCGACGAUGAAUGCCGAAAGCUCCGCGUCGCAUGCCGCCAAGAAGGGCGCCACUGCAGACCCGGGGGGCGCCAUGGUGGGGAAGCCGCCUCUCGUGGCGCGAGGCCGCCUCCAGUUCCUCCUGGCCUUCCUGCAUGCGGUCGUUUUGGAGAGACGCAGAUACGCCCCUGUCGGCUGGUGUAAACAGUACGAAUUUUCCGAUGCGGACCAAGUUUGUGCGCUUAAAAUCAUCAACUCCUGGGUCGACAACGUCGCCGCUGUCGGGAAAGGCGGCACUGCAGAAGACAGAGUGAUGGCUGAGUACAUCGCUCCGGAGAGACUCCCCUGGGACGCCAUUCGAACUCUACUCAAACAAGUCUGCUACGGAGGCAGACUCGACAACCCUGUCGACCAGAAAAUCCUGAGUUCGCUCGUGGACUACUUGUUCCAGCCGGCGGCGUUUGAGGCGUCGUUCCCGCUUAACAUCAUGGCGGAGAACGAAGAGACGGGGGCGGACUCGCUGUCUCUGCCGCAGCUCCUGACCGCUCCCGACCUCUUCAAGCAGGCGUCUGCGUACGAGGCCUGGGCGGAGCAGCUCUGGAGCGUGGACAGCCCCACAUGGCUCGGUUUUUCGGCGCAGGCAGAGCGGCUCCUCGCCUCGCGACAGUCGCUCGCAGCCGUCGGGUCUUGGGCGGCGGUGCUUCUGCGGGGCAACGAAGAGGCUCACGACUUCCAGGCUAUCUCCGUGCAGGGCAGCGUCACUUCUGGCGCUCGUCAGGCGGCGCGCGGGCGAGGCGCAGAAGAGGCUCGAAGCCUCUCGGCGCAGCUGACCUCGCAGAUGUCCUCGGAGAUGGAGGGCGCUGCCGGCAGCUCUUGGCUCUCAGAUCUCGUGCCUGGCGUCCAGGCAAUGAUCGGCUUGCUCCCUCAAGUCGUUCCAGACGUCCGCCGCACCGAGGAGACUGUCAAGGACCCCAUGUUCCGAUGCUUCGAAAGAGAAAUCACGGUAGCCAGAAGACUGUUGGCGACGAUCCAGGACGCCCUAGCGCAGUUGCUUCUCGUCUGUAAAGGAGAGGCGAAGCUGACGAAUGCGCUGCGCGACUUGGCACAGCGCAUCAGUUCGUCAGAGGUGCCGCCAGAAUGGAAGGGCGUGUUCACCUCGGCUCCGGAGUUGACUUUGGCAGAGUGGAUCGAAGAUUUUUCGCGGCGGUUGAAGCACUUGAUGCUGGUCGCGCAAAGUUUCGGACCAAGCACGAUCGAAGAGACUUCACAAAAGAUCAGGCCGGAGGAAUUGAGUGCAGCACUCACGCGUCAGUCCGACGGCGGCGAACUGUCCCAGCGUCGAGUCUGGCUCGGAGGCCUCUUGUAUCCUUCUGCGUACUUGACAGCCUCGCGACAAGCGGUGGCGCAGGCAAAGGGCUGGUCUCUCGACGACUUAGCAAUGGAAGUCCAGAUUGGCGUCAGCGACCCGCCAGACGACCAGUCCUUCGUCAUCACUGGAGUCACGGUCGAAGGAGCUGCCUGGAACACUCAAGGACAGUGCUUGUCUUUGACAGAGAGCCUGAAGGCGUCUUUGCCGCCCGUAGCGAUCCGGUGGUGGCACAAAGACGAAGGUCCUAAGAUGACUUUUUCAAACCAGACACCCCUGGAUGUCCCUCUCUUCCUCAAUCACUCCAGAGCAGAACUGGUGGCCUUCUGCAAGCUUCCGUUCCCCCAGGAUGUCCUCUCCGACGUCUGGGUGCAGCGCGGUACCUCUCUCUUCCUGUGGAGCGACUUGUAACGCUUCGUCUUUUCCUGUUUGUUGAAUAACAGAAGGAAACAUGUGUCGGAUAAAAUGUAUAUAUACAUGUAUACAUAUAUAUAUACAUACAUGUAUGAAUGUGUCGUAUGCGUGUGCAUUUAGGGAAAAUACGGCGUUGGUAAUGGUAUGGUGAUGGUCAAGUAGCUGUGUUUACAUGUGUUUAACAAUUGCUAAAUAAAGCAGUUGGAGUGCGACUCGAGAGAGACUGAGCUACGCUUCAUGAAAUUGUUUCCUGCCACAUA